AGACCAAGGGGAUGAGUACUUGUCGAGGCCCAAUCAGCGCUUUUGUGUUGCCUGCCGGUGCCGGGGACUGGUCGUGAGGAGCUACUGUAGCGCUUCAGGAUCGGAUAGUGAACCCGGAGCCAGUGGAACCUGAAGGGUAAAGGAGAAUCAGGGCGGGCACACACCUGGCAGUGACGGCGGCAGCCAUUUUGAGACCACGCGGAAGCUUCGGAUGCAGAGAAGGGGGAUGGAGAGGAUGAGUGAGGAGGCCUUGCGGCUGAAUCUUCUCAAGCGUGGCCUGGAGGGGCCUGACGAGCGGGCCGAGGAGGCGCUGGCCAAGCGCCUCAAGAUGGAGGGCCACGAGGCCAUGGAGCGCCUCAAGAUGCUGGCCCUGCUCAAGCGCAAGGACCUGGCCGCCCUGGAGGGGGCGCUAGGGGGCAGCGUCGGGGGAGGAGGUGACGGGAAGGGUCCCGGGGGGAGCCACCAGGCCCUGCUAGGGGCCGCAGCAGCAGCCGCCGCCUACGAAGAGAAGCUGAACGGGAGCCUACGCGGAGGAGGAGGAGGAGGAGGAGGCCCGGGGAAGAACGGGAAGGAGAACAUGCUGGACGAUGGGCCAGUGGACAUGAGCGCCCGGCGGAGUGAACGUGAACGCGAACGCGACCACAAACGCCGCACCCCGUCACCAGACGUCAUCGUCCUUUCAGACAACGAGGCGUCCAGCCCCCGGGGCACCCCUCAGCCCGAGGAACGACACAAGCUCGCCAACCUCGAGAUGUUCAAGGGUAAAACAGGCGAGGAGCGUCAGCAGAUGAUCAAGGCUCUGCGGGAGGAGUUGCGUCUGGAGGAAGCUCGGCUGGUGCUGCUCAAGAAGCUCCGCCAGAGCCAGAUGCAGAAGGAGAACGUCGUCCAGAAGGUGCCAGUAGUCCAGAAUGCCCCCUCUUCGGUGCAGCCCUCCCCCAUGCACAGCUCUCAGGGUCUGGGCAAGAUGCCCGUGAGACCAGGCAUGCACACCACAGAGCCCCAGAACCUCCGCACUGCACAGGGUCACACAGUGAUCAGGUCAGCCACCAAUGCCAACCUGCCCCCAAUGAUGAUGUCACAGAGGGUGAUUGCCCCCAACCCAGCCCAGCUCCAGGGUCAGAGGUUGCCCUCCAAGCCUGGCAUGGGCCGCCCCAACACAGGGGGCAUGGGCAACGCUGUCAGCUACCAGCAGGCCACCAGCCAGCAGGUGGCGGCAUCCCAGCGCUCUGCAUCCUCCUCGGCCAUCUACAUGAACCUGGCCCACAUGCAGGUGGCGGGCGCAGCCGGGGUGGGUGGCGUCGGCGGCGUGGGCGCCGUGAGCCCCUCCGGCAUGCCCAGCGCCACCUCCGUGGCGUCCAUGCAGGACCAGGCCAGCAGCCAGGCGGCAGCCAAGCUGGCGCUGCGCAAGCAGCUGGAGAAGACCCUGCUGGAGAUCCCGCCGCCCAAGCCGCCCGCUCCGCUCCUCCACUUCCUGCCCUCGGCCGCCAACAGCGAGUUCAUCUACAUGGUGGGCCUGGAGGAGGUGGUGCAGAGCGUCAUCGACAGCCAACACCAGGGUAAGCUGCGGGGCUCGAUGUCCAACACCGAGCCGUUCCUGUGUGCCCAGUGCAAGACGGACUUCACCCCCCACUGGAAGCAGGAGAAGGGCGGGCGCAUCCUCUGCGAGCAGUGCAUGACGUCCAAUCAGAAGAAGGCGCUGAAAGCCGAGCACACCAACCGGCUGAAGAACGCGUUCGUCAAGGCCCUGCAGCAGGAGCAGGAGAUUGAGCAGAGACUUCAGAAGCAGGCCGCUCUCUCCCCGAGCACCGCCCAGACGGUGACCAGCGUCAGCAAGGCCGAGACCAUGAUCCGGCACCACGCCCUCAGACAGGCUCCUCAGCCCCAGGCUGCGGCUAUGCAGCGAAGCUUGUCCAGCUCGGCGCGAGGCGUCCUGUCCAACUUCGCCCAGGCCUCCCAGCUGCAGGUGGCCAGCGGCCUGCUGGGGAUGGCCGGGAAACACUGCGGUGGUGGAGGAGGUGGUGGAGGAGGAGGUGGCGGCAGCAGCCGGAGUCAACAUGAUAGCCACAGGCAGAUCUACAAUAUCCCCGGACUGAACAUAGCCUAUCUGAAUCCUGGAGCCGUCGGGGGCCACAAAGCGUCCAGCCUAGCAGACCGGCAGCGGGAGUACCUGCUGGACAUGAUCCCGCCACGGUCCAUAUCGCAGUCCAUCACUGGACAGAAAUGAGCUCCAAGCCAGGACCCGGACCACCCCGCCCCUUGCCCCUCUUUUCCUCUCCUCAAAUACACCCCUACACCCCCCACCCCCCCCCCCCCCCACACACACACAACUGCCCACCCUCCCUGACCCCACCAGCACCACCGCCCGCCACCUCCCACCCAUCGCAUGCAGUGCCUGUCCGUGUGCCUACCCAGCAACCCAUGAGAAAUGACACAAUCAGCAGCCUGUCAGUAGACUCCAAACUGUUCAGUGCAUCUCAACUCUUUAACUCUCUUUAAACUAUAGCAAAAUCUCUAUAUCCUUAUUAUUGCAACUAUUAUUGCUGUCGUUAUUGCAACUACCUUUAUUAUCAUGACUAUUAUUAUUAUUAUUAUUAUUGUUAUUAUUACUGUUGCUUCUGUUACACUUAUUCUUAUUACGUCUUUAGGUAACCUUUGUUUUUUUGCAUUUUAUUUAUUUGAUUUUUUUUGUAAGAGGGAGGGUACUAGAUUGCAGGGUCACACAAAGAAUAUUUUUCACCUUUUUUCUUUUGAUUUCAAGUCACUGUCUUUUGCCUUUUGUUCAUAUUCUGCCCAGAUGAAGUACUUGCUGGUAUUUGUUUUUCUUCAGAAUCAUACCCACCUUUGUGCUUAUAUUACCUAUGCCACUCUGGAGCUCAUAUGUGUGGCUCCUACUCGGUUAAGACAGUGGCAGAGACUCAUCUUGCAGCUAAAACCAACCUUUGUAAAAAAAAGGCUCAACGAUAUGCAUAUACAAAGAGCCGUUGUAAUGAUGCAACCUUGCUGGUCCUGCCCAGGAACAGGUCUACAAGUUUAAUCAAGGGCCCUUUUUAUAAAGUAUAUGAAUUUUUGAUAUGAUGAAUCUUAUCGAGGGUUAAUACCAUCACGUGCACACAGUGGAGUGGAAGUGAACGCAAGUGCACCGCAGUGGUGUCAAAAAAAACACAUGGAGUAAACGUGGAAAUGGAAAACAGCAUCCCGUAUCCUUGCUGAACACCGACAUCCGAGGUUUCCAUCUGACUGCAUCCCCCUCGCUCUUUCUAAUCCUUCUUUAGUAAAUAUGGAGUAUGCUUUUUUUGUGUUUGGCAAAAAACAGGAAGGGAGUUCGAGGGACAAGAGAGAAUUGGAGGGACAAUUUCAUUGCCACCAUCAUGAGCUGUGUUCCCAGAAUACCGUUUUGAUUUUUUGCUUUGUUUUAAUAGUUUUGAUUCUGUCAUUUUUUUUUUUUUUUUUUUGUUUGUUCGUUUUAACGGCGUCUCCUUCUGAAGCGGUUGUGUAUCUAAAAGGUACGUGCCCUGGGAGACGAUAAAUCAACAUAUUGAGAUAGAUAAACUAUUUCAAGAUCUAAAUGGACUAUGUGUAGAUUGUUAGCUUGAGAGAUCGAUUUUAUGAGAAGGAGAUGGAUAUAUCUAUUGUUACGGAGACGCAGAGCAAUCAUCGUGUGAAGGAAGUGCACGGGAGAUGUCUCGUUUUUGAGGUAGCACUUUUCUUGUUCAUUUGAAGUGGGAAGAACGGUUUUGAUUAAACAGGAUUUCUGAAUGUCACGGUUUAUAUGACCCAUGUAAAAAGUGUGGACAUCAUCGGAUUGUUUGUCAGAAAGUCACGAAGAGAGACUGUUGAGUGUUGUGCACUGAAUUAUAACAAAUUUGGUAAAUGUCUUUGUUGUCUGUUUACAUUUCUGCCCUACCCCAUCAUAUUCUAGGCACAAGUAUAUUGGUUCAUUGGAGAGGAGCGUUGAUUCUUGAGUGUUAAAAGUGUUAAGUGAGAGAUCACUGAGCCUUCUUUAACCUAUAAACAUACCUUCUCUGUCCGCCAAUGCAUUUCAAUUGAAGAGCUCCUGGAUAAUCCAUUUUGGAUCAUGGUGGGGGGUCUCUUCACUUCUAGAAGUUGAAACAGUGUUUAGUCGUAAUGCAGUAUUACACAUGGCGACAAACCACAAAUCAACAUACUCCUAAUGUGAUUUGCUGUGUUGGCAGAUCAGGACACUCAAACAUGUCUUAAAAGCAUCUUACUGCUACAGUCACAAGUGUCACAAAUAAUACUGCCCAUUCGAGCACUGGUUGAAGGAGUGUAGUUCACGAGGGCCCAAGGAAGGAUUCUGGAGCUUAAGCACUUUGCUUAAGGUCCUUCAGUGUUUCUCUGACUUUGCAUUUGUUCAGUAUGAGAGAUGUAGUAACCAAGCAUAGUGUCAAUACAAAAGAGCUGAAUAUAGAGGUCAUUUUGGAUUUUGAGUCAGGGUUUUAGGUUAACAAAGCCCUUGGUGCAAUGAUGUGAUGACAUUCUGUCAGUAGCAGAAGCUGAGAGGAAGUCAAUAUGAGUGGAGGGACAGAGAUGCAGUUUUGAGGAUGCUUGAAAGCUGUUUUAUGAUUCCAAAAGGAUAUUUCCCAAGAGUAGCACGUUAUUUCUAAUAAGGUCACCUAUCUGUUAUGGCAAUUUCAAACGCUGCUAGGUCACUUCGGUUUUGUAAUGAUCAGUGUGGUUGGACAUUGGGUAUCUGUUAAGGGUAUAUGCUACUUGUAGCAUUAAGCAAAAUGAGAUGCAAAACCCAAACUCAGUCAUUUCAGAACUACCUUGAAUUUGAUUGGCAGGUGCAAUAUUAGCUGUUAGAAAGUUUACACUCCAGAAGAGAUUUAGUCGAAGGGAGUUCAAUUCUUCUUUUAUACUGAAUUAUCAGGUGUGUCCUGAAUGGGUUGACAGAGUAAUGUUGUGUUCUGGGUUACAUUUUCACUAUAGGACCUUCUCCUCUCAUCUUUUUUUGGCGCUUUCACCUUGUCUUGUUUUUUUUAUGUUAGCAGUGUUUUGAAAGCACUGUGAAACUUGUAUAUUAAUGUCCCUUAUUUCUCUCUUGCGCUCUUGUGCAGACUAUAAUAGAUGCAUCCAUAUACCUUUUGUUAAUAUCAACCAGAAAAAAAAACCUUUUGAAAAUGUAAUUUUCUAGUAUUUUGAAAUGUUACAUUUCUUUUUGCUGGCUCUUCAGUUAAGUUCUUAUUUUGUUUGAUCAUUUCAUUUAUUCAUUUUUAAAAUGAAAUUUAAUCAAACAAAAAAAUUGUAAUGGAAUUGAAUUGUAAAUGAAUUUCAAAAUAAAAACGACACAAUAUUUGCUAGGUGAGGAGUAAUAAUGACUUAUUGUACAUAUGCUUUUUUUCCCUCUCCCUUGAAUUAAAAAAAUGAACUGAAAUUGAAAAAUGGUUGUAUAUUGUGUAGAAAAGCAAACAAAAAAAGCCAUGAAUAUUGUGAAGCUUGUCAUUUCGUUUUGUGAUCACUGUGUGUUUAUUGUGUAACAAAAAUGUGCAAAACGCACAGGAUUAUUACAAUUCUCCUGGUUUUUGAUAAUUUGCUUUUUCGUUUUUGUUUAUUUUUCGAAUGAGCUCUUUAGGUGCAUAUUUUUUUUGUUUUGCCCUGGCUGUAUGUUUUUGUAGUAUGUAGAGUUUGCAGAUUUAAAAAAUUACAUCAUUGCUCAGCUACAGCGUUUGAUCCAAGCCAAAGUCCCAGGGGCUGAGGCCCACAGGACGUUCCUAAAUGUGUUACGUGUAUGUGUCUGUUCCUCUUCAUUUCCUUUUGUCAAAAACAACAGAGACAUUCAGUGAAAUUUAUACCUUUUGUUUAUCUAGAAAACCCAUGCAGUGUGUUUUUUUUUAAGAGGACUUGGAGUGGAUCAAACAUUUGACAGUAUUACACUCUAUUGCUUGCACUUGACCAAGUCCGAAGCUCUCACCGGUAGAUGCAAACAGAAAUAAGCAAACGAAAAAUACAAUGAAGCAUGCAAAAAUUUUAGUUCAGCUGUGUUCAAACAGGGUUUUUUGGACCCUACAGGGCAAAUCUUGUAUAUUCUUCUUAGUCUUUCUUUUUUUAUUUCUUGAAAUUGUUGUUGUACUCCUUUUGAACCAACUAUUGGUUUUAAAACCUUUCUCAAUUAUUUUCACUCUACAAUUGAAAAAAAGUUGUAUACAUAGUAUACAUUGUUAUUUUAUGAAAAAUUAUUUGCUUUUAUUUUUUAUUUUAUUUUUUCCUUUUCAAGGUCAAAUGCUUACUUCCUUUAGUCUGUAAAAUAUGAUAAGGUAUUAGACAGGAAAGCACUGCAAGUGUUAAAUAAAAGGAUGCCAUUGAGAAUGCAGUCUGCAAACUCUCCACUCAGACAAUCAGCUUGUGUGGGCAGUGUUGCGGUCACAGGCAUGGAUUGCUUCUCUUUUCUACCUAUCUCCUUUAUUACCCCAAACCAUAUUUCCUAAGUAUUUCUUUUUAGUGUAGUGUUGUAUGCUCAUUUGGGAUGGCAAUCUCCUUUCUUGAAAGUACAAGUACCCUUUUUUAAGGAGAAUUGGGAGAAUAAGGUUGGGAUUGUCUUUUUGUUUUCUUCGUAAGAAGUAAACUUUUUGAUUUGUUUUAUUUUCCUUAACUGAAUUGGCUGCAUUAGCUGGAAUUUCACUAGAAUGGAUGUCUGCAUAUUGUGAAUCCCAUUUGUAAGAAACACAAACACACAAUAAGUAAACAAUUGCAAUGAAGUCAUUUAGAAUUUGUAUGAUUUGAAAUGGACCUUUGUGGUAUGACUUCAGAAUUUGGUGGAAAAAUAUUUAAGUGCAUUCUUCGUCAUUUUUUUUUUUUUUUUUUUUGGGAAAUGAAUCCAGACCUUUUGCACAUCCUUGAUAUUUAACUGUCAAAAUACAGAAAAUGGAGAUUGAAAAAUGCUGUUUGAUUACUGCCGGUUGAUUAACAAAAAUUAUGCAUUGACUGAAAAAAUAAGCUAAUUUUGGAGGAAAUAACUUUGUAAUAUUUAUCUCUUGCAAGCUAUGUUUAAUAAAGGAUGGAACAGUUUA